AUGGCGUUAGUAUCGUAUUCGGAUAGUGAAGGAUCAGACAACGAGGUGCCAGCGAUUGCACCAAAAGCAGCGACAGCCAAGCCCACCAUCAUCCACAAGACCGAGUCGCGAAAGAUCAAGGUCGACUUGCCCACAACCAGACCCGAGCCCAGCCAGACAGACGAAGAUGGAGCUAAGCCACCACCAGCGAAACGGGCGAGGACGACAGGCGCUUUCGGUGGCUUCAAUAGCAUGCUCCCGGCACCGAAGCGAGCGGAAGCGCAGCCUAGUGGACUGAAGAAAGGCGUGAGCUUGAAGACGAGCUCGGAGGCGGCUUUUAGUCGCGCGCCACUGCCUCCUCCUCCUGCUGCUGAAGAGCCGGUUGCGAGUGGUGGCGGCGCAGACAACGAGUAUGACGAGUACGGGAACAAGGCGCAGACAGCAUCAACACUGCCGGCAGAGAGCAAGAGUACAGAUGUGCCAAGUACAGAAGUCAAGAUCACGGGCAAGGCGACGAGGUUUCGACCGCUAAGCGUGGCAAACAAUAAGAAGAAGAAAGCUGUGAAGAAAUCUGUGGCGCCAGUGGACAGAACGAACCCAGCAAUGCUCGAGACAUCACAGGGCGUGUCGACGGAGAGCACUGCGCUGCUACAGCCUGUAGCUCCUGCUGUGAAGGUGAAGAAGAGUCUCUUUUCUUUGCAGCAAGAAGAAGCACCCGCGGAAGACCACGAUGAUGAGGACGAGUACAACUUCUUCCAGGCCGCCGACGAGGCUCCACCGGACGACUUAUCUCAAUCUACAAUACAAACCCGACCAGCACCAAACGCACUUGAGGAAGUGGCCACCGACCUCAAUCUCACAGCUGCACAACGCCGACAUCUCUUCGGUCGACAAGGCAAGAAUGGCCCGGCAAAUAUAGCGCACUUCAACAUGGACGCCGAAUACGCCAACAACGAAGUCAUUCGGCAAUCAGGCGAGACCGUCCAGCACAAGGCCGUCAAGGCCGUCGCGCCUGGUAAGCACAGUCUACAGCAGCUCGUCAACAACGCGAGGAGCAAUCAAGACUCCAUCGAGGAUAAGUGGGCAGAAGGACGCAGGAAUCGAGGCGAAGGUGGGAGCAAGUAUGGGUGGUCGAAUGGUUGA